AUGAAGAUACUUUGUGUUCUCCUGACCUUCGUCUUCACUGCGUCUUGUGGUCCAUCAGUUUCACAGAGGCAAACAAGAGGAAAAACAAGAGAAGUUAUACUAAGAAAAGCAGAGUGUUACCUUGUUCGUGGUGCUUGCAAGACUUCAUGCAACACCUGGGAAUACAUAUAUAAUUACUGCAAUAAUGAGCCGUGCUGUGUUGUACGGGAAUAUAUAAAGCCAAACACUAACCACAGCACUUUCACAGCUAAUACAAAUGUAAUUCCUAAUUCUACUACGCUCCACAACACUACGUUGUAA